GCAUAGGCUGCGCGGCUCAGUUCGGGACGCGAGCUGGUCCGGCGCACACGCCCACGCUAUUUGCCGUUGCUUUGCCGAGGCGAGACCUUAACACCCACGUGGCCGCUUCGGUGGGAAUGAGGUUGCCAGUCGAAGCCUAGCGCAGACAGAGAGCGAGACGGGGAUGAGCAGCGAGUGAUGGCCGCGCGACGAGCUGUCCGGGACCGCGCGGGGCGGCCGCCCCUGCUGCUGCUGGCUCUGGCACUGUCCCUGUCCCUGGCCGCCGCCCACUCGGGCCCGCGCCGGGACCCCGCCAGGUUCACCGUCGAGCAGCUGCUCGGCUCCCAGUUCCCGCACAAGGUCAGCGACGACGUCAGCAUGGACCCGUGCAAGUCCGAUGACUUCUACGGCGACAUUGCGCUGCCAAACAUGCAGCUGGAGCUGGAGUGGGAGCAACAGAAGAGCAACAAGAGCUUCCAGGAAGCAGUCGAAAAGUACAAGAAGGAGAUAUUGCUGGAGGGCCUGCAGGUUGAGGAGGAAGGCCUUCUGGAGGUGCAGGUGGCGAGGCAGAGGGAGCUGGCGCAGAAGCCACGAGCGAAGAGCCGGCCCAGGGAGGAGCGAGAUGGCGGCCGGCGCCGAAGCAGGAGGAGACGGGCUGGCCGCAAGCGGAGGCACAGUCGUAAAUACAGCUUCGAAGAAAACUUAAAUGAUUUAGGGGACAGUGACUUCACAGACGCAGUUUCAAGUGAAAAUGCCACCCUUGUUUCCCAAGGCAGCUCCAGUCACAGUGCUCCGAGAGACAGUUCUAGACGGAGAGAGCAGGGGAAGGGAGCCGCGAGAAAGAAGAAGCACAAGAAGAAACACUCGAGCAAGCUGCACAAGUCGCGCUACCCCAAGAAGUACGGCGGCCAGCUGCGGUUCCAGAAGAGACUGAACCUGUUCCUGGCGGAGGCGGAGGAGCUGAGGACGCUGUACGGCAAGGCCCCGGGGCCCGGCGAGAGCCUCUUGGAGCUGCCGGGGGGCCCCCGCCGCGCCACCCGGGCCGCCACCGCCCGCAAGGAGCGCGUCUGGGACUUCGGGGUCAUCCCGUACGAGAUCGACGGCAACUUCAGCGGCGCGCACAAGGCGCUGUUCAAGCAGGCCAUGCGGCACUGGGAGAACUUCACCUGCGUCAAGUUCGUGGAGCGUGACCCCCACGAGCACCCCAACUACAUCGUGUUCACCGAGAGGCCCUGCGGGUGCUGCUCGUUCGUCGGGAAGAGAGGGAAUGGGCCGCAGGCCAUCUCGAUCGGCAAGAACUGCGAUAAGUUCGGGAUCGUGGUGCACGAGCUGGGACACGUGGUCGGAUUCUGGCACGAGCACACGCGACCCGACCGCGACAACCAUGUCCACAUUGUGCGGGAGAACAUCAUGACAGGGCAGGAGUACAAUUUCAACAAGCUAACACCGGAAGAAGUGAAUUCACUGGGCCUCCCUUAUGAUUACAACUCGAUCAUGCAUUACGCUCGAAACACAUUCUCAAAGGGGACCUAUUUGGAUACAAUCCUGCCUCGUGACAAGAUCGGGAAAAAGCGCCCAGACAUUGGUCAAAGAAUUCGUCUCAGCGAAGGAGACAUCGCUCAGACUAAUUUGCUGUACAACUGUCCUCACUGCGGGCGUACACACCAGGAGCACUCGGCGGUGAUCGCGUCGCCCAACUACCCGGACGCCGGCCGCAACACGGUGGGGGAGCAGUGCCAGUGGCACAUCACGGCCACGCACGGCGAGAAGAUCGUGCUCAACAUCACCGACAUGGACAUAUUCGGGGCGGAGCGCUGCCUCGCCAACUACCUGGAGGUGCGUGACGGCUACUGGCGCAAGUCACGACUGCUCGGAAAGUUCUGCAACAACCAGAUACCUCGGAAGCCAAUUGUUUCGUCAGGAAGCCGUAUGUUACUGACAUAUUACACAACAGCUGAUCAGAUGGGUCGUAGAGGAUUUUCUGCUCACUACGAAGCGGUGUGCGGAGGCGAGCUGAGUGCAGAACUGAACGGUCACCUGGAGUCUCCAAACUAUCCCGAGGACUACCAACCUAACAAGGAGUGCAUCUGGAAGAUAUCAGCUCCGGAGGACUAUCAAGUUGCCCUCAAGUUCCAGUCAUUUGAGGUGGAGAACCACGACAACUGCGUGUACGACUACGUGGAGGUCCACGACGGACACAGUCUGGAGAGCCCCGUGCUCGGGACCUUCUGCGGCUACAAGCUGCCCUCCGACAUCCACUCCACCAGGAACAAGCUGCUCGUCAAGUUCGUGUCUGACGGCUCCGUGCAGAAGGCCGGCUUCUCCGCCGUCUUCAUGAAGGAGUAUGAUGAAUGUGCCCAGGAGAACCACGGCUGCCAACAGCUGUGCAUCAACACUUUGGGAGGUUAUGAGUGUGCCUGCCGCAUUGGCUUCGAACUUCACUCCGAUGGCAGAAAUUGUGAAGUUGCAUGCGGUGGACUGAUAGACGUGUCAAAUGGCACAAUCACGAGUCCAUCGUUCCCAGAGUUCUAUCCGGGCAGCAAGAAUUGCGUGUGGGAGAUCAUGGCGCCUCCGCAGUACCGCAUCACUCUCAACUUCACGCACUUCGACCUCGAGGGAAACAACCAAGAGUGCGAGUAUGACAGUGUGGAAGUCCACAGCAAGAUGAGUGACAACAUCAUUAGGAAGCACGGGAUAUACUGUGGCUCCCGCCUCCCGCCACUCAUCACUUCCGAAGGGAAUGCUUUGAGAGUCGAGUUCACUUCCGACAACUCUGUACAGAAGUCUGGAUUUGCUGCUGUUUUCUUUACAGACAUGGACGAGUGCGCCACCAACAACGGGGGCUGCCAGCACGAGUGCCGCAACACCAUCGGCUCAUACGCCUGCUCGUGCCACAACGGCUUCACGCUGCAUGACAACCAGCAUGACUGCAAGGAGGGGGGCUGCAAGUUCGAAGUGGCUGCCCCGUCGGGAACGGUCUCCAGCCCCAACUACCCGGACUACUACCCUAGCCGCAAGGACUGCGUGUGGCACUUCACCACCACGCCGGGCCACCGCAUCAAGCUGGUGUUCAAUGAGUUUGAGAUGGAGCCCCACCAGGAGUGUGCGUACGAUCACAUUGUCAUCUAUGACGGAGAUUCGCCGGACGCGCACACGCUGGGACGUUUCUGCGGCUCCAAGAUUCCACACCCCAUCCUCGCGUCCGGCAACCAGAUGUACAUGGUCUUCAAGAGUGAUGCAUCUGUACAGAGGAAGGGGUUCUUUGCGAGUCACACAACAGCUUGCGGAGGCCACCUGAAGGCAGGCUCGCGCGUGAAGCACCUCUACUCCCACUCCAAGUACGGGGACCACAACUACGAGAACAGGGCGGACUGCGACUGGUCCAUAGAGGCCCCGCCCGGCCGCUCCGUGCACCUCACCUUCCUCACCUUCGAGGUGGAGGACGAGCAGGACUGCAACUACGACUACGUGGAGGUGUACUCGGGCCUGGACGCCAGCGGGCCCUCCUACGGUCGCUUCUGCGGCAACUCGAAUCCCACAGACAUAAUCUCAAUCCAGGAGUCUCUGCUGGUUCGAUUCCGCUCGGAUGACACCAUCGUCAGCAAGGGAUUCUCCGCGGCGUACUCUGCGACUGAUCCCCACGACAAUGAAGAUCUGCAACCUGAGGACCAAUGAGGCUGAAGUGUGGGAGGAGUAAUGUGUUAUUUAAGCAGAAUUUGGCAUGUAAGACUCCUGGGGAAAUUUUCAACUUUAAAACUAUGUUCAUGGGACAAUACCGUUUUUUUAUGUGGGUAUUUGUAUAGACUGAACUGAGUGUGAUGACGAAAGACUGUGUGUGACGUUCUUGAAAAACUAAUUAGCUGGGACAAUUAAUUCUACCAGUUAUUGCACAGUUAAAUAAAAUAAUUGUUAAAUUACAAUCCAAAUUUUUCAUUAAUUUUAAACUUCUAUUGAUUACAAAAGAAAGUUUUUUUUUUUCAUUUCACAAAGUGUGUGCACUGAAAUUUGAAAAUAUUUUCAGGAGUACAGCAAGUCAAAUAUUUUAUAAUACUGUGUGUAUUCAAUACAUAUCAGUAUGAUGAAACAAUUGCCAUAUACUGUAGUAAAGUAAUUACAUUUUAAAUGAUUUGUAAUGGAGAAACAUGGGAAAUGAAACAUUCUCAAAAGCAAUCACUGUAAGAUGAAGGGAAAAUGUUAGCAGUGAUCUUUAAAUAGAAAGACAUGAGUGGAGAAUUUAAUUAUAUCAGAAAAAUUUUGUUGUAUUGGGGUUUAUAAAGUUUCUUAAGUAAUUAAGAAUUAGAAAGAUCUUGAUAUUUGUGGGGAGCAAAAAUUAAAAGUGUAUUGCAUCUGUGAUUACUGUAAGAUCUCAUUUGACUAGAGAGUUGAACAUUUAAUGUGAAACUUACAUGAAAGAACUGUACCAGUCUACUCAAUUUGACAAUACAUUCUGUGCAGAACUAUAUUUAAAUAGAUCUGUAAAUUUACAGCUAAGCCAAAUACUUAACAUGUUUAACUAAAGUUUAUGUUUAUAUAAAAAUAAAAAGAACUGAACUGUAAAAGAUAACCGACUCUUAAUGUGACUUAAAAUUAAGACCACUGCCAUGUUUACAUUUAAUAUAGGUAUGUGUUAGCUAAGUGAAUUAAAUCUUAAAUUUUAUUGAUACUUAGAAGUAAUAGGCAUAAUUUGUGGGCCUACUUUAUAUAAGUACUGUAAAUUUACUUAAAAAUGGUCACAUUUUCAUUACAUUGACCACAAUAUUAUUAUUAAUAUCAUAAUUUUGUUAUUUUGUGUUACCUAUCAUAUUUAAUUCAAUAUGUCUAUAAAUUUUGUACAAUACUCAUAGUUGGCUGUAGUCGUAUACAAAACUUAGAUUUCAAAAUAUUCUGAUCUGAACAUUUAAUAUAGGGCCUACUGUAAUUAUUGCUAUAAUGAGACUACGUGAAUAAAUAUUUUGAAACAUUCUGUAUUAUUCAUAAUUGUUAAUUACAUCCAUAAUAUGAUGUGAAUACUCUAUAAGUAAUUUUGUUAUAAUAAAUUUUAAUGUUUUGAUUUUUCUCUUAUGUCUAAAUAUGUUGUAACCAGUUUUGCUCGUUUACUUUGUUGGAAAAUAUUUUUCACCAAAUUACAGUUUUUUUAAUUUACUUCUUCCUAUGCUUACAGAUUUGCUACCAAUGUUUAAAACUAGUACAUGCAAUAAUAUCUAUAUUCAGUUGUACCUAUUGCUUAUAUUUCUUUCUGAAAAAGUAAAAAAAAAAAAUGGAUAUGUGGUUUACCACUUAACCUUUUGUAACAAAACCAAAGUUAGGAGGAUGGUAAAUUAGACAAAAAUAACUUUUGCAUGACACUAAUUUAAAUGUUAUCUCAUUUUUGGAAUAGCCUUUGAAUACUGUAGCCAUGGGCAUAUGCAAAAUCCUGAAUGACUAUAAUAAUCUGCAUACCCACCAACAAAAGGAAAUAAUUUGAAAGAUAAAAGCAGGCAAAGUGGUUCUAUUAGCCCUUUUCCCCCUCCCUAAAAAAUGGAAUCUGUGUAUGCUCCUGACUUAAGCUAUGCGGUGAAUGAAUCUGGCUGUGCUGCUGGAAGAAUUCCAGAAUGACAAGGAACUGAUCUCUGAUAAAAUUAAUUUACAAAACAUGUGUAAGUAACGUCUAUUAAUGUGAAAAUAAAUUUGAUACAAAUACUUCACAAGUUCUUAAAAAAGUUCUGGAUUACUAAAACCUUUACUGUGAAAGAUUAUUAUUUUAUUAUUCUCUUCUUGCAUAACCUUGUGGUUUUUUACAUGUAUCUCGCAAAGAAUCAGAUGCACACAGUGGAUGACGAUAGUUUUGUAUACAUGGCUUUCGGUACAUUUACAAAGGGUUUAUUUGAAUUGUGUGUGUGUUGGUGUGUAUGUUGGUAACUUUAUAAUCUAUAGUUUUUUAACAAAUGCAAAUAGGUAACUUUGUUUGGAGAAAAUUAUGUGUCAAAUUCAAGACCAUCUUUGUAAUACUGUAUUUUCUCAAAUCUAAGAUGACAUCAAUUUUAAACACAUACCUUUUUUUGAUUCUUAGUUUUUGUAAAUAAAAGUUUUAUCCUUCAUAUAUAAUAUGUACUUCAAUUUUAGGUAACAUUUUGAUUUGUUAAAGGUGAAUGGUAAUUCUGGUGCAUCAGUCAUUUACUUACUCUUCAGCUUUGCCCAGCAGGUUUCGAACUUGCAUUUAUUUGGUUGUUUCAACCUAAAUAAGGUGAGGAGGUUCUUUAACUUUUUAGGUGCUCAUUGUCUUUCUGAAACAAACAGGAGCUUGCUUACACUGUGUUGUGCCAGUAAUUAUCUGCAUACUAUUAUCUUGAUGUGAUAGUUGUCUAGCCAAUCCUACUUCUUGUGCCACAUCCUGAAUUAUCAUCUGGCCAUGUAACAUUUUCUCUGUACACUUGUUACAAAACUACAGGUGUUGACUAGUUUGUGUGCAAUGUAGAAAGGUAUCAAUUUUGUAAUUUGUAUCAUAUUUACAGAUAUUGAAAAUUAAAUAAAUGGCUGCAUAUUUAAAUGAAAUAAAUUCAGCAAAUAAAUGUAAGACACCAUUGAUUUUAAGACAUACCGUACUAUCUGAGCCCAAGUCACAAAACAGGUGCAUCUUAUAAUUGAGUACGAAUUUGAUAGUUCUAUCAGUGUGUCUAGACAUUCAUUACUAGGGGCUGGAAAAAUUAGCAUCUAUUAUUUUAUAAAUUAGCAUUUAUUAUUGUAAAAAUUAGCAUUUUUAAUUAAACUUAUUUUAAACUUAAUAUUUACACAUUAAAAGUUUAUUACCUAAGAAUUCAUAUGUAUAAACACAAAUAACUUGCACAAAAUUUUUUUUUAAUUAAAACCUGAAAAAAAAAAUCAUUAUUUUACUAAAAAAUGUUUAGUGCAAUAUGCCAGCAAACAUUAAGUUGCAGAUUUAAUUUAUAGAAUACACAAGUUAAUGAAUCGGGUGGGACUUAUAUUUUGAAGUUAUUUUGGAUCUAUGUAACUGGCUGUGUCACAGAGACAUAGCAAUAUCAAGAAUCAUGCUGGUCAUGAAAACAAGUAUAGAACUUCUACUACCAGAAAAUCACCACAAUAUUAAGGGUAACAUUUGGGGGAACACAAUGUGCCUGUAGUACUGCUGUGGUCUACUUAACAAUCCCGCUAAAGACAAGUGAAAGAACGCACAUCCGUUUUGGUUUUCACCUUAUUAGCCAACCAUAAACCUUUGCUUGUGAGAUGAGAAAAUCUAUGGCUAAGAUGGUGGAUAUGUUGUAUUUGUGUAUUAACUGAAGUGCUGAUAAUUUAAUUAUAUGUACACAUGUGUCCCAGACAAACUGCAAAGUAUGAAUAUUAAGUUGAGUCAAGUCACUGAAGUCUACAAAACUGUUUUGUUUCUUUCGAAGUGUGAAAAGAUACAUUGUACAAUUUUCUAAAUUGACAAAAAUAUGUUAUGUGGCAUUUUAUAAUGGAUAUUUUUAUAAAUGAAUGACAUUUUACACCACAUAAUUAAAUGAAGGAAAGAAAACAUUAUUUAGAAAAUAAGCAAAAAAAUAGCUUAUGUUGUAAAUUAGGUAUAAAAAAAAGAGCAUCUAAAAUUUAAAUUAGCAACAAAAAAAAUCCGCUAUAACAAGAUGCUAAUUUUUCUGGCUCUUGUUCAAUACUUCAAAGGCUCAUCACAUUUUUCACUGGAUGGCAUGCAUUGUUUCGCCCAUACAUGUUGCAACAAUUUAAUUUGGUAGUUCUUGCAGGAUUAUUUAUUUCAUGGAAAUAGCCAUACAUUUAAAAGAAAAAUGUUUGUAUCAAAUAUCUGCUAAGACUCCAGGUUGUACAAUGUUCACUCAUGUAAAUGACUGAUUAUCUGUGAAAUCUUUGUUCAGUUUUAUGUCUUGUUUAAAAUAUUAAUGCAGGAGAAACAAAUUAUUUUUUAUCUAUAAAAAUUCUGGCAAUAUAUGUAUUCAACCAUCUUACAAGCUAAAACUAGAGUGAGUGUCAGAAAUAUUUCUAAACCAGGCAAAUUACUAAAGAUGUUAAAUAAUCAUAAAAGUUACAUCUUAAAAAUAAUUUCUGCAAUGUAUUGGCAAGUAUUUUUUUUGCCAAAAAUCUAAAACAGAUUUUAACUUAUCACAUGGUUCACCUGUUUUAAUGUGCUUAAGAUAACUUAUUUCAGUAAAUUAGAUUUACUUUAUCUAAAAUUCUUAAACAAAUUUUUAUUUUUAACAGUGAUGGGUUGAACACGUUUUCUCAAAUCAGAAUCUUGAAUUCAAUACUUGAAAAUGGUGCCUUAUAUCCGAAUCUAAAUCUGAAGAGUCAGGAAUAAAAUAAUAUAUGAUGCAAAAAUACAAAAUUUUAAGUUCUGAAUAUUGAAUUUGUAUUUUUAAAAUAAGAAAAGCAUAUUUAUACUAGUAGGAUAUAAACAGUUUCUUUUCAUGUCAAAAAUGUUCUCUGAAGUGCUAAACAAAAAUUUUGAGAGCACUGUGGCUAGUGGUAGAAUCGAACAUUUCUUUGAUUGCUUCUGUAGAGAUAUACUCCUUCAUCAAACUUUAACUUCCUGUCUUUUUCCUCUAAUAUUAAUUCUUUUGAAUACUAAAGAUUUCAUGAUAUUUUAAGAUUUGAUUGGCCCAUUCCUAAUUUUUAAGGUUGCUUUCAAUGCACAGUUAAGAAAAAGUGCAAACUUCAAACUACAUGCUGUUAGAUACUUGAUACUCAUUUUCUUGACACCACUUAAAUUUUGACUGAAGACGUGUAAAGAACUGGGUUGCGAUACAUCUUUGUAUUAAGCUCUAUGCACACAACUGACAUACGUAAUCACAAUAACUCAAUAUGUUUUACCUUGUAAGUUUUGGCAGAUGAUUUUAACAAGGAACAUUGGGAUCUAAUUCACAUGUUUCAAUUUUUUCACGUCAAUGCCAGUCUAGGCAGCCAUCAGUCCCGCUUCUAUUUGGCCUCACUUUGAAAAUGAGCAAAAUGGAGAGCUGGAGUGUGACAAAUGUGCCAAUGUAAUAUUUUUCUGUUAAUAGAUGCUAAACUUGGCUACCCUGAUGUGACACACACUGCAGUAUCAUUACAUUACUAAUGUCAAAAAUGUUUGGAAGGAUUACAUCAUAUGUAUACAGUACAUGUUUACAUGUACAUACACAUACAAAUAACUUUUAUUCACAUUGCUUUUACGAUUUUGGUAAAUUAGUUUUUUAACGACUAUUGUCAUCAUUGCACAUCACAACUUCCAUAGUGACGACCUCUCUUAAGCCAUAUCUUUCCUUUCUUCCCAUGCCAGCAGUCAUUAGCUACCAGCGACGACCAUGCAUCGGAGACUGAAUGUUUGGUUCGUACAAUUAUUUUUAGGAAUUAUUUAUUUAUGUUUCUUCCAUUUUUUGCUAAUUUGUCCCAACAUACUCUUAACUGUUCUAAAAUCAGUGUCGACUGAAACAUUGAAAAUUAUUUUUUCUACCUUGAUGCCACUAAAACCUCAAGCAUAGCUAAUUCAUGUAAUCUGAUUGCUGGUAAUAAAUCAGGCUGUCCACAAGAA